AUGUCUUCCCUCCAUAGGAGACCUUCAACCAUCUCUCGCCCGCGUUCUGGGAACCCCGCUACUACACCUAACACCGACCGACCUCCCACGCGUGAAGCAGGCGACAACCCUCUACCAAUACCCAGUCGAACCUCCUCUUUGCACAGUCGGAUCACCCAACCCAUACCUGCUACGUUAAACAUUAAAGUUACCCAGAGGACACCCAAGACUCUUACCCAUGCGUACCUGGUUUGUGGGGUUGGCCGGGAGCCAUCUCAAUGGGUCCGGGCACCACCUCCAACUCAAGGAAAAAUCACCCAUAUGAAGGGAGCUGUUAGUCAGUUCUGGCUCCCAGAGAUUUUGGGUAGUAGCCCCCGGGUUGAACAAGAAAAUGAUAUUGCCAAAGCAUUGCAUGCAGCAAUGAGGGCUUGCUUUCCACAAGAUGUCGAGAUCUGCACCGGAAGGACACAACCACACUGUGUUCAUCACACUUUUGUCCUCCAGCAAGAUUCAUCCCAGACCCUCUACGGAAUCGCAUUGCGCGUGUGGUCAAGGGCCGAUGAGAAAAGGGCGGAAACUAUUAGGGAAAUGAGGAAGCGUGUAGAAGGUGGUGAUUUCUUCGAUGCUCCAGACGAGACUUAUUGGAUACCGUAUGCCUUGAGUUUCCUGUCUAGGUAUCCUCUCUUUGACUUGCUGGGCGAUUAUCUAAGAGGGAUGUGGAUCCACUGGAACAAGGCGACAAAUCUAUUCCACGCAGAGGAAGUCUCUCGGAUUCUUUCAUUUCCAGCCCCGCGUCUCAAUGACCUCGUCAGAAUCGACAUGAAGGAUUAUGCUCUAUGCUACCAGUUCCCGUCUUCUCCCACCGGAUUCCAAAACUUCUCAAUGUGGCCUCUUUUUAGCUGUCUUUCGAUUCCGAAUAUAGUCGGAGUAAUCGAAGCAGCUCUUUCCCCAACAAGGCGAAUAAUUUUUGUCAGUCAUUAUCCCGCGAUACUCACAGUCGCAGCGGAGACCAUCAGGCAUUGCGUUCGUGUGUAUGAGUGGAGUGGGUUAUAUGUUCCGCUUGUCCAUGCCCGUCAUGCGAAGGAUCUAGUUCAGGAGCCUGGCCCGUAUAUUCUGGGCUUCACAGCCGAGAGUCGGAGUCUCUUUUCAGCUCCAAAUGACGCCUUGGUGGUAGAUUUGGAUAGGAAUUUCGUUUUAACAAGCAGCCCACCGUCUGUGUGGACGCCCGGACAGAGGACGAAAAUGAUAUCGAGGUUAACUCAAGCUCUAAACGGAGAUGUUAGUCCCACUGGUGUUCCUACACACCUUCGGUCUGCAUACGCCGGUGGCAAGCUUGUUCCUGCUGGUCAGAUUAUCGUCAUGAGAGGCGAAGUCGAAAGUAUACAAGACCCAGAUUGGUGGCGCCAGGAUGCUGUUAUGAGCGUAUUCGACCAUGUUUGCGAGAAACUAACACGCAAUACCGGCAUGAAGGCGAUUUUCGGGGGCGCUGUUAAAAAGCCUCUCAUGACAAAGGUCUCCGUCCGUCAUUUGAAUGAAAUAAUCCGUGAACGCAAUCAAUUUUCUCGGGAUGCCCUCGAAGCUUGGCAGGACUUUAUCAAUUUGAAAAAUCGUAUGGAUACGGAAUUGACAAAAGUUACAAAACGAAAUAACUUCUUAGUAGAGGAACUGGAUAGUUGGAAAGCUCAGUUUGAAAAGUUCCAAGCAUUUGCAGCCCAGCUUACGAAGGAAACGAACGAUCUCAAGGCCAAGAUAGAGGGUCACAAGCGUGAAAACCGCCGUCUAUCAUCUUUGAUAGACCAACAGAAAGAUGAGACGAAUCGACUCACACUCCGACUUUCUGGGACCGAAAAGCAAAGGGACGAGGCUCUAGAAGCGUUGGUACUCCAACAGGCGGUUGCCGAGGAGUUAGAAAAAGAGAGAAAGAAAAACGGUAAAGAGCUUGCCGCCCUACAUCAUACUAACGCAAACCUUUUGCGUCAGCGUGAUCAGGCACAAAGGGUCGUUCUACAACUUCGAAGCCUGAUUGACGGUCAGACUACGCACUUGGAGCAUAUUGUUCGUUCUUUCGGAGACAAUCUUGAGCUCGCAGAUGUUACAGAAGGAGAAGAAGAGAUGGAACAAGCUAUCGGGACCCCGACUACCCCAGUAUCAAAUGAAACUCCUGCACCGCCAAUUCCCUCACGAGCACAAUCACGAGCACAAUCACGAGCAAGCAGUUUUAGUUCUACCGCACAACAAGGGGAGGAUGUUUCUCCUGAAAUGGAACGAAGGUUGUUUUUCAACAGCCCUAGGGGAUCUCGAAGGUACUCGGAGAUGAGUCUUAAUGAUGUUGCAGACCGCCACAUCAAAGAAAAGACUGAUGCAAUUGCAGACAUCAUCCGUAGUAUCUCCGAACAAUGUGCGGCAGCAGUUGAAGGCUUACAGCUUGCUCACCGUGCAGCACAGGAAGAACAAACCCUGGCAAUAAACACUAUACGACAGAGCGUAUCUGAAGAGGAGCUCAUGGGAGAAGCAGAGCUCGUUCAUGGCGUUGGCGGCCAUCUCCACCCCAAUGAUUCUUUGUCCUCUGUUCCCUCGACACCCGAUCUCACGUACCGCUCAUCUACAUCCCUUUCUAUGGCGUCGACUCCGGGGCAAGAUCGCUUCUCGCUAGGAAAUUCCGCGGAAGUUGAUGUUCCAACUAAGAUAGUCGAGGCGGAUGAUCUGGACGAAAUCGAGGAAAUUGAGAAGCACGACAUCACGCAUGAAGGGCUAGGUAUUGAAUCUCAAAACGGCGUUGAAUUCACGAACCUAAAGAAACGAAAAUCUGCUAGGGACAUUGGGAUAUUUGGUGUUGAGUCGAUACCAAAGACCACGGACGGCAUCGUCAAUCGGGCCGAGGCGAGGGUUUCCGCUUUUGGCGCGAAUAAUUAA